GGGGGGGCAGGGGGGGGGGCAAUUUGCCCCAGGGCCUCGGUCUGAAAGGGGCCCCUAAAUUAUUCUGAAAAUUUUCUUAAAAUGUCUUCUUUUGAGAAACUGAAAAUGCAUUUAAAGAUAUAUUUAUUAAUAUCGAAAAUGAUCGCAGUAAUUUCAUUGAGUCUGUACACUGAGUCUUGUUUGAAUUUAAGGCCUAUCAGCUUUAUUUAUUGAGUCUGGGCCCCGAGAAAAGCUGAAUAAACCUUAGAUCACAUAUUUUACCGUUUCAUCUUUUAAGCUGAGUUUCCCUGAGUUUCACAAAAUCCUACUUAUUGGGGGAAGGGAGCCCUGAUAAAAAAUUAGGUAACCCAUAUAAUCUUGUUUUAAUCUAUGACCCGUUCAAGUGAGUUAUGUUUGCAUUUAGAAUCGUUGCAUAAAGCUUUAUUAUAUUUUUGGGGCCCCUUUCAGCAAACUAGCAUUAAUAAAGAACCGCUUACGUUCAACAAUGACUCAAGACAGACUAUCAAGCCUCGUGACUCUUUCGAUCGAGCACGAACUAGCAAGACAAAUUGAUUAGAACAAUAUCAUUGAUCAAUUGGAAACUGAAAAAGCAAACGUGCGCAAACGUUUGGAAAUAAUAGGCCUUUCCCAUUUUAUAAAGGGCAUGGUCUCGAAAAAAUUUUUUAUCCGACUCUAGGGCCCCAACCAGGACUUUGCCCCAGGGCCCAGGCCGCCUCUCGAUGGCCCUGGUUGUCAGUACUGAAGCCUUACGAAAUAAAGAUGGAAGUUGCUUGGAACUCUCUUAGCGUAAGGACAAAUAAGCCACUAUGUUGAAGAAAGAUACAGGAUGCAAUUGCAAGGGAGAUCUCCGUCAUAUUUCUCGAGGAGGCCAAUAAGAAGAAAACCCUUGAGCAGAAUGACAAAAAAUUUGGCAGCAGGUACAAGUUAAGCUAAUACAAUCAUAUGUCAAAAUUUCAAUGGGCUGCAAUAAGUGUGGUUUCAAAAAUUCUUGGUCAUAAAAUGCCCAGAUUUCUAUUCUUAGGCCUUAGGCAGUUUUGCAAGUGAUAUAUGGAAACUCCCUUACAAUGAUGACAUAUAAUUUUAAAUGAUACUUCCGGAAUAUCAAGUACUGCUACACCAUUUGUCAUAUUUGUGGAGUAGGGAAGGAAAUAAAAUCUUCCAGUACUGAACCCUUAUAUCUUUCAUAGGGCAAUAAGUCAAACAUCCUUGAAAGUAAUGACAGAUAAAAUUUGCAAAAGCUAGAACAGAAGAGGCUUUCAGUUUACAAGACAAGUUACAAGACAUUUGCUUUUAUAACAGAGAAAGAGUUUCAAUAUAGAAAUAUGUUCCCAUACUUAAGCCUUACAGCAACAACUUUACCACGCCCUAGCAAGAAAACUGCUGGAGACAUUUUUCAAAAAAUCAUCUUAGAUAAUUGCUUCAACAAAGUCAACAUUUCAACCAACUUCUGGAUCUAAAGUAAUUUUGAAAAGUUAUUAUUAUAUAUAGUAACGUUUAGGAAUAGUCCAUGGAGUAUGUUACAUACUCUGGUAACAAGAUAUACCUUGCUAUGUAUCUAGUUCACGUUAAAAACUUAUGGAAUGUGUGAAAUAUACCUUGCUAUGUAUCUAGUUCACGUUAAAAACUUAUGGAAUGUAUGAAUAACGUGUGAUGUUGCCGCAUCGUUUACUACCAAGUUUAGAUUAUGGCAACCACAAUGCACAAAAGAAACGGGAAAAUUAACAAUAUCUUUUAUCAAUUUUUGUACGCCACUAUGAAUUCCACUCAUCACACUCGCACCAUCAUAGCCCUGACCUCUUAUUUUUGAGAAAUCUAUGCCAAGAUUUUCCAAAAAUUUUUUAGCUGUAUUUGCUAUUCCAUAAGCAUUGGCGUUAUAUAUUUUCACAAAACCCAUAAAGCUUUCUACAAUUGUGCAUUCAUUGUGUUACCUUUGCCCACCUGAUAACAAUGCUUAAUUGGUCGACUGGUGGAAUCGUAAUAUCACUGGUGGAAUCCAAGAUUAUUCUCCAGAAUGGUGCGGAAUUAAGAUUUUCUACCAAAGUCGAGGAUACAGUAUUUGCAAGCAAGUGAAUUAGCUUAUUUUGGAUCUGAGCGCUAAGGUAUUUGUUGCUCUACCUGGAAGAGAUAUGACUACUGCUAGAAAUUCAGCCAUAAGAGAGACCAAUGCCAAGAAGUUCCCACCUUAACACACAUUAUCAUGAACCUGCUCUAUGUGUCCUCUGAAUGCCAACAUCAAAGUUGCCAUUGUCAGGAUCAUUUAAAUAAGCCUUUGAAGAACCUUGGCCCAAAACAACACUUGUCUCCCAAUCUCAUUUUCAUUCUCCUCACUGAAAUCUUUGCCAACUUUCCAUCUCAUGUAGGCAGCAGACACAGGCGCGCAACUAGAAAUUUUAGAGGGCAGGGGUCCAAGACACAAAAAGGGCACUAAUUAAAUUUCAUUAAAGGUCCACCGGGGCAUUUGUUUAGGUACGGCAAAAAUAUGAGCAGUUGGUAAAUCUGUAAAUAUUGUACGCCAGACAGGGGAAACUGAUCAAUAGAGAAAAGUUGUGGUGUACGGUUUAUAUUGUGGUGAGGUGUGAUUUAUUUUUUCCUUUUAAUUUUAACUAUGCACAUGACUUCUUUCUGUCUGCUGUACAGUGCCGCGGAGAAGUUUAGGAGGCCCGAGGGAGGGGGGAAAUGGAAAAAACAAUGCCUCUUGCGAGGAAAGCGAGCAAAAAUUUUGCCACCACACCCUUGCAAAUAGCUUAAAUUCACUAAUUCGUUUAAGAUGUUUUACUUUUUAUUUGUAAUUUUGUUACUUUUAAUAAAUUCCAUUUAAAAACGGAAUUCAUUGCUCUGUGAGGCUCCCUGGACCUCGAGGCCCUAGGGCAGUUUGCCCCUUUGUCCCCCUCUAGGCGACCCUGCCGUCAUCUCCUUUUCCCAGCGCCAGCUCACUUUUGAAUAGCAGCCUAUCAUCUUUGAUAUCCGAAGACAUUUUGCUCUUUGAAAUAUUAUUAUUGAAUUCUUUGCUUCGCACUACAGUGGGAGGAGGUUGAACAGUUCCACGAGCCUUGCCUUCAGCUGGUUUCUGUCUCCAAGUCUUGCUUUCAGCUGAUUUGUAAUACUGACAAGGAACAGAACAGCUGAACAUCAACUUUUUGUGCCAUCUUUACUGCUUGCUAAUACCAGUCCGAAAAUAUUUCUCUGCAUUCGCUCAUUUCAUGCAAAGGUCUUCUAUGACCCUGUCAACUAUGUGACAGGCUUGAAAAAUGUCUUGGUUUCUUUAUUGUAACUUCUUACCAGAGGUCGUAGAGGCUCUAUCCCAUUCAAAAUCUUGUGCCUUUAUUUUGGUUUUUGAGUCCCAGAACCAUUCUUCUUCAAAGCCAGUGCGUGGCGCAUCAUAAAACACGCUGUAGAUUUGGGGCUUGAAGAUAUACUCUAUUACUGCAACAUGAUGACGUUUGACCCAACAAGUAUGUGAAAAAUUGACUAAAUAAUUUAUCUGUAUUCCUGCGAGGUCCAUUACACAUCAGGAGUGUGUUAUUUACUGUAUGACCAACCAUUUUAGCGUAAUAAUCAAAAUAUUCAAGCAUUUUUCCAAGAAAAAAGGGCACUUUUCCCCUUUUGAGAAAAAGGGCAGGGGUCUGGACCCCCAGUACCCCCCCCCCUCUAGUUGCGCACCUGAGACACGUGUAAGUGCAUGUUUGAAUUUUCAUGCCUCUUUUUUUUAUCAAGCAUAUUGUGUAACGAUCCUUGAACUCCAUUUAUCCAUCUCUUUUGCAUAUCAUAAUUUGGCGUAGAGCGAUCAGCAAACAACCAGCAAACUUCACAGUACGGCAUUCUUAGUACCAUUAAAUAACGUAGCCAAUGCCUUGGCAAAGACAUGUUUUGAUGCCUUUUAUUGUAAUAGCUUGCACUGAAGUUGGUUGUAGCACUUCCAUUAAUAUCUACUGAUUCUAAAUGACCACAAGGUCUACAGGGUCUUGAAUAAUGUUCUUUUUCAACGCUGCGUUCUUUAUGUCUUCCUUGUAACGUCCCCGAUCCGUUGGGUUUUCUCUAGACAAAGCAAAUACUUCAGGCUCGUGCUCAUUAAGGCUACUCGUUUCUGUUUCUUCAUCUUGAUCUAAGUAAGUGAUCGGCUCUUCUUUAUCUUGGAAACACUCUUGCCUCUCAUUACAACUGAUCUCUUGCUUUUUCUCACUCUCGUUCGUUCUAGGUUCUAAUGAUGAUGAAAGGACAGAUGUCAUUGUAGUGUCCACAGUAUCAUGGUGAAAAUUUUUUUAAAAAAAAAAAUAUUAUGAAAUGAUACCUUAUUGAGAAUAAAGAUUCAAUAUACCUACUGCAACGUUCACUUGGUGAUAUAAAUUACAUAAGAGCAGAUACAUUAAUGGUUGAAAAGGAGCCGUUAAGAUGAUGUCAAGUAUUUCUGUUAUGACUAUGUUAUUAGAAAGUUAUUAUACAGCUUCGGAAAAUAUUGGUCAUUUCGGUGAUUAUGUUUCAGAAAUAAAGUAUUGAGACAACUUAUAGCGAAUAAACAAAACAAAACAGAAUGAAUGAAUCCAGUGUUGCGUUAGCAAGAACUGUUUAGUAAGAACUUUUGGGAUGGCUUUAGAAAACCUUGUCAACAUGGUCAAAAAUCAUACAAUACGAAAAAUUUGAUGGGGGGCCCUUUUUGGUCGGGGGCCCUUGGUUCUCGAACUAAGGUCACCUAAACUGCGUUACGCCACUGAGCUCGUUUCUAAACCAUAAGAAGAAUGAGCAAUGCUUCAUGAAAUUGUGAGAUGAUAUGUACGACAAUUGGGGCUUAAUUCUUUUAAGACAAGCAUUUGUUUGUUCAUUGAUCUUGAUUAAGGGCAACCUGAAAAGAUAUAACUUACCAAUCAUAUUUGCAUAAAUAUUUUCAAUUUUCAUUUCCUUUUUCUAAAUAGUUUAGUUAACAUAUUGUUUAAACCUUGUCUUGCUUUUUCUUUUGUCUGUUUCAUAGAAUCCUUUCCGUCUAAGUUGCAGCAAUGCUGGCCAAUAAAAGUACAAAGUCUUUGGAGAACUGUCUUGUGUAAUAUUCAAUGAUUCUCAUUCUACUAUGGUCUGAAAUGGCUUUACUGCUUUUUGCAUCAUUUUGAUCAAAACAGGUUUCAUCAUAUUGGAUGUUUUAUUAUUUUCAGAAGACAUAAACAAAUUGAAAAGAACUGGACACUUUUCUUUGAAUACCACGAGUUGCCCAAUGUCAAUUGGUUCUGUUGUAGUGAUGCAUGUUGUAUCAAAAAAUGGUUCAGCAGGUUAAGAAGGCUUUCAUUAGGAUGCAGUAAACCACAAACAGGACUGGGACUUGCCAAGGAGCUGAUAAGUUGGGACCAAAUACGCAGACACUUAUACAAAGAGGGUAUUAACCUUUCCUUGUUGGCGAGGAAGUCUCCAUAACUAUGGUCCUCAGUUACAGUGUCUCUUUGAAAAGAAACUAGAAGGUCAUGUAGCUCGGGCGAAUGUUCUUGCAGUAAGGUGAGAAGACUCUUGUGUUCAUGUAGAUCUAAAACCUUGUUCUCUUUCCAGAUUUUGAGGCAAAUCUCUUCAACAAACUACGCAACUCCUGGUAACUUAUAAAAAUGCGAUCCUUGAAAUGGCUGCAAACAAAUUAAUAUGUGUUAUAUUAACUGUUCACCAGUGGCAAAAAAAUCUUCAAUGCAAAGAUUUCACUUGAAAACGUGAGCAUCACCUAAUUGUGAUUGUAUGUAUAUGCUACAACCAUAUCAUGCGAGAGAAGAUCCCGAAAAAAUAGCAAACUUGUACACCUGUUUUGAACAUGGUAAAAAAAAUAAAUGCAGAGAAGCUAAAUAUUUUAAGAUUGUAUAUCUUAAAAGAAUAAAAUAGAUUGACUAAUUGGUUAUGGGCUGGUUUGCUGACAGAUUGACUGGUUUAUAAGUUUUAGCAAGGCAAAUCUCUUUGAAUUUUCUCAACUAUUUUGUAAUGUUGUUCGUAGCUAAAAUCCUUUCCCAAUUACCGAUUCCACAGGGUUUGAAUUAUUUCAUUUAGUAUUCGAAAAACAGAUGGUAAACUCUCACAACACUACUAUAAGUGGUAAUUAAAACAUAAGUAUCAAUCUAUGGUAUAUUCAUACCUUGUUUUCUUUAUAGGUUUGAUGCUUCAAUUAUUCACAUCCUCUGUUAAUAAGUGAGUCGCUUGCUUGCGGAAUGACAAGGUAGUGGCAUCAAAAACAGUCAUUGUUGGUUUACUUCUGCAUUUAGAACAGCUAAAUCUUUCCGAAAAUGAUCCAGGUAAAUCCAGGUAACUAUACCAUGCAGCUCAGAAUUUUUUAUAUGUUAAGAGGGAAAGCAACGGGGAAAGCCCACAGUCAAUCGCUACCUCUUUUGUCAUGGUGAAAAAUGUGUGCAUUGGCUCAUUUUGCUCACUAAGGUUGCAAAUGACAAAGAGGAAAUAGAACUACAAACCAAAUGCAUAUGCAUAGAAUAUGCAAAAAAUGUGAAUGGUCCUCAUAAACUUUAAAUACAUUUUCUCCACUCUUCAUUUACAAAAGGUUAACAAAACUAGUUAAAAAGUAGGAAUAAUUAUAAUUUUUGACAUACCUCCCAAAAAGAAAAUGGUACAUGUAGUUUCGUAGCAAUUUGUGGCUCACUAUGCAGCUUCCGAUGUUGAUCAACCGAACGUUGCAACCAUCAAAUCUGCUAUACCAGACAAAUGAGUAUGAAAAAAGCAAACAAAUGAGAGAAAUUCUGUUUGAAUGGUUAAACUAAGAGACACAUCAAGGGUAGCAGAGACACAUCAACCAUCGAUCAAGCCACUAUAAUUGUGAGAUAUGUCCACAAGGAAGAGAUGAAAGAAAGACUCUUAGCAGUGGGUGAAGUAAGUAGAUCAAAAGGAGAAGAGCUGUUCGAAUUACUAGAGUCGACCACUCAAGCACAUGGUCUACAAAUGAGAAACGUCAUUGGUGAGUCAUUUGACUGAGCAGCGAAUAUGCGGGGUGAACACAAAGGUGUCCAGAAAUUUGUCAAAGAUAUCUCCCCAAAUUCUGUCUUCAUUUGGUGUUAUGCAUAUACACUAAACCUAGCAGCAACAGCAUAGCGGCCAAAUCUUUGAUUGGCUGAGAGCUCUGUUCGCUACCAUGUUCUAAGCCAAUCAGCGCACAGGAUUCUCACAACAAAAUCGCUUCGGAGCUAGAAUUAAGCCCAUUUUCGCCAUUUCAUCGUGUUUUUACAACAUUGUCUACAAAAAACAUUGCACACCUCUACAGAGCGAAUUUCCCCCCUAUUUUUUGUCCAGUUCAUCAUCAUGCGUUGCUAUUUAACCUAUAUUGGCGCCACUGUUUGAUCGCAAAGAAUAAUAAAAAAACACCUUGCAAAUGAUCGCUAAAUUUCGUGUCAAGAUUCAGGUAAAUUACGUUUUAAAGUGCAAUUGAACUACUUUCGUGAGAAUUUUGACAAUGGGUGUUUUCUAAUGAGAAUGAUCAAAUAAAAGCUGCUGAAUCGAAUGGUGUAAUUAUUUCCUGCAUAUUGUUUCUAUAACAAUGUUAUUUUAAGCUCUAAAGUGUCGAGUUGCGUGACGCUUUGUGCGAAAAAAAAUGCGCGGCCAAAGAGGAAUUUGAGGAAAGUGUGACGUAAUGUGAUUUAUACAUAAGAACACACAGGCACUAACACAUAGUUAGUAUACGAGAAAAUCGCGAACAUGGAGGUAACCAAGAAGAAAUUUAGAGGCGGGAAAGGAAGAUAUUGUGUUGCUGGGGCACCAAACGAUACCAGCUGUAUGAAUAAUAAUUACACGCCAGGGGUAUCGAUGCACAUCUUCCCAAAGAACGAGCAGCACUGGUUGUUUAAAAAUGAUAUUCCUGAUGAUUGUAUAAUUAUUGUUUACCGUGGGGCUCCUGAAAGCAGGGAUUAAUUUCCAGUUAUAUAAAAAUUUCAGCUACCAAGCUCUGAUGAUGAUUACGGAGAUGCUACUGAAAAUAAAAGUUGCUUUGAAGAAUUUGAAGAUGAAAGUGGAGAUGAAGGUGUCAUGUACGAUGUUAUAGAAUAUAAGGCAAAUUUAGAUUCCAGUGGCAGUGAUGCUGAUAAUGAUGAAAAAGGAUCUUCUGAUCCAGAGUCCCCAGAAAAAGUUGGAAAGGCUCAUAGGAAGAGAACAAGAAAUGCAAUCAACAUUGAUGAGAAUGUCCCUAUCCAAGAUGAGCCCAAAUUCAUUGUAUUCCAGUCAAUGUUGGUUGCACUAUUCUCUUUGUUCUGUUUUAAAUGUGGCGAAAAGAAACCAGCUCUUGAAGACAUAAAGUACGAAACAAUGGUAAAGGUCAUUCAAGCCUGUAAGAAAUGCAAAGGGGCCUUCACAUGGAGCAGCCAGCCGUUAGUCCUAGGGCAGAUUCCCGCUGGUAAUAUUUUACUAAGCUUUGCCACCCUUGCUGCAGGUGCAUCCAUCAGCAAAGUUCUGCUUAUUUUGCGACACAUGGGUGUAUGCUGCUAUACUGCACGAACUCUUUUCAAGCAUCAGAAAAAGUUUUUGUUCCCAACCAUUCUGAGUUACUGGGACAAUUAUAGAGAAAACAUGUUAGCAGCCCUCAGACCAAUGAAGCAUCUUAUCUGGAGCGGAGAUGGCAGAUUUGAUUCCAUGGGUCACAAUGCAAAAUAUGGCAUAUAUUCCAUGUAUUGCUCGUCCAACUCCAAGAUUGUUCAUUUUGAACUUCUGCAGGCAAAUGAGGCAGGGACCAGCAAUGCCAUGGAGUUGCUUGGGGCCAAGAAGUGCUUCGAAAGGCUUCAAAAAGAAAACAUUGAUGUUUCAGUGUUUGUGUCAGACCGCCAUACUGGGAUAGCUAAAUGGAUAAAGGACCACCAGACAAGAACCCGGCACUUUUACGACAUUUGGCAUGUGGCAAGGUCCAUUUGUAGAAAGAUUGCUCAAGCUGCAAAAGAAAAAGGUUUAGGGAGAUUGCAGCAUUGGAUCAAGGGUAUCAGGAGGCAUUUGUACUGGUGUAUUUUAUCAACACGGCAAGGGUUUGGAGCGCUAAUAUAUGCCAAAUGGACAUCUAUUAUGAGACAUGUUGCAGACAAGCAUGAUGGCCAUGACAACCCCCUUUUCCCUAAAUGUAAGCAUCAGGAUUUGGAGCGAAGGAGGUGGAUUAAAAUAGGUAGAUCAGCAUAUGACAAGCUGGACUCAAUUUUAAUGAACAAAAGGUUUGUGAAUGAUAUCAAGAAACUUUCUCCCGAUUUGCAGACAAGUUGCUUGGAAGGCUAUCAUUCACUGCUCAACCACUGGCACCCAAAAAUGUUGUGCUUUUCAUUUGUGGGAUCGAAAUGCAGGACAAUACUUGCUGUUCUCCACUUCAAUGAGAAUAUUCAACGGGAAAGACGAACAACAAUAACAGGACAAAAAUCCCUGCAUGUGUCCUACCCAAAAUACAAACUUGGUGAUGAAGUUGUUCGCCAAGUAGCUGUCAACCCCACAUACGGCUAUGUCAGUGACCUCAGACAGUUGCUUUUUUCCAUGCCCAAAGACAGAAUGAGUUCUGUGAUGGAGAGAGAGGCAGAACUGAUUCCUGAUACACUUACAAGUCAGUUCCAGGACAGGGCAACAAGGCAAGAAGCCAUUAAUACAUGGGAUACAAGACAACGAGCAAUUACAACCUUAUUUCCUUCAGGUAAUCUCAAUAUUCCUUUCUUCCAAAUAAAGUUUCAAUUAAAGAAUGACCAUAUAUUAUGAAAUAAAGUAUAUUUGAUAUGAAUCUGAGCACUUCCAGAUAUAUCAAGUAUAUACUUGUAAUCCUAGGAAACUGUAUCAUUAUUCCAGGUAUUUUUCAAUCUCUGGGUAUUUUUAUGUUGCAUUUCAAUUAUUCAUUGCUUAAAACUAUUGCAAUCCACAAAAUAUGUCAUCAUUUCUUAUCACUUAAGAGGUUUAUGUUUGUGUUCAUAUACUAUGAUUUCCUGUUGCAAACGUUGGUGAUAACAACUUGGUCACAUUUUAGCUGAAGAGCAGGAUAUUCUGGCAGAACAGCAAACAAUGCAAGAUUCAACAAAAAAGUGUUAAAGCAACAAAAAAGAAAAGUCCUUCUGUCCGUCAUUGUAAAAAAAUGUGGACAGCCACCAAAAGGACAUACAUGUAACAAUCCACCUUCAAAAUAAAAUUAUUAGUUUAUUUUGUUUAAUUUUGUUCAGCUGCACAAUAGGGUGAGGCUCUCUUAUGUUUCGGCUUAGUCGCUAGAAUUUCCUAAAUGUGGAACAUAGGAGAGAUAAUGUACCUACACUUUACAUUUUAUACACAGGCUUACCUUAGAGCUCUUUUACACUGUACCAGUAAAAAUUUGGAUCCACAACAAAAGUACAAAGGUUAGCAUCCCAUUAACUGUUUUAUAAAUUCUUAAAAUUUUGGUUCCCUCUGUCUAUGAAAUAAUCUUGUUCUGUUCUGUUAUGAAAUAACCUUGACACCAAGCUCCUGAUGUUUGUCGUUGGAUCAACAGCAUUUCUCAGUUUUCGGGUUCCCUUUGUUGUGUGGACUUGUAACCUUUUUUGGCUCCUGUUGGGAAUUCUUCCCUGACAGAUUUAUAAAUACAAGCCGGAAGAGGUCUGGUGUUGUCAUACCCCAGAAAGCCAAACAUCCAACGAAUCAGCCAUCUAUACGCAACAGCUCUUAAAAAUCUACAAAAAAGAUGUAAAUCCAUUUACAAUGAGUUUCAAUGUAACUAUUAAUUAGAGUAUCAUUUCAAUGUGACAUUUCUUUUGUGCAAAUUCUAGACAAUCAAUAUUUGCAACUGUCUAAUUGAAGUUGACAUUACAAUUGACUAUUAUAAUAUUUAUACAUAUAAUCAUAACAAUAAUAAUAUGUGUUGGAGUACUAUAUCCUUGGAAAUUAUAACAAAAGUUCUACUCUUUGAAUGUGUUUUAAUUUUUUCAAUCUUCUAAGACCUUUUACUGAGC